AUGCGGCGCUUCGCCGUUGCUGGAGGCUGCGGGAGUGCGCUCUCGAGCAGCCCAGCCGUUGCGGUGGCGGGCGCGAACUUCCCCGCGGGCGCCCCGCUCGCCCUGACGACGGCGACUAGAGGCCGCUUUUACCGGCCGCUCGUGAACCAGGGCAUCAACCUCUGGCGCUACCGCAUGGGCCGCAUCCACAAGGGCUGGAACACGUGGGAGUACCAACACACGCGGCCGGACCCGCGCCCCUUUCCGGACCCCCCCGUCAACGACUACUUUGGCCGCUCCCGCCUCUGGAACCCCAUCGCCGGCAAGAUGGGGUACGUCAGGAAGAAGGCGGAGGAGUGGGGGUGGCCGCACCAGCGUCCCCCGCCGACCGGGCUGCGGCGCUCGCAGGAGUACUUUCCCUUUUUCUUUGCCCGCUACUUCCCCGACGCGGAGGUGCGACUAGUCCUGGACAGCGUUCUCAACAGGGAGACCACCCGCCCGGUGUUUUACGUCCCGAGUGACAUGUCCAGGGCGGAGCUGGUCAACUACCUCAAAAACAUCUACGGCAUCGACAACGUUGUGCGAAUCCAGGUGCGAAACGCGCGAGGUCGCCGCUACAAGAACGAGCUGGGCGAAAUCAAAGCGAUGGAUGACUACAAGAUCGCCGUCGUCGAGUUAGAUUCCCCCGUCUCCGUGGACUUUAAGCAGAUCAAGGGAACCGAAGACACACCCGACAGCAGACCCCAAACGCAGAUCAGCGGAAUAAAAAAAAAGCAAAGAAGAGAAGCAUGA